CCUCCCUCCCCCAUCCCCCAUAACAAUCACCAUGGCCACGGGCGACGACAAGCAAAAGACAUGGCAAGACGUGGCGGCGGCCAAGCAGGCCGCGCGCGACGCGCUCAUUCCCGACGAGUGGCGCCUGUCCAAGGAGACGCUCGCCAACCUGCCCAAGAACGUCCUCGACGUGCCCCGUCAGAGCGGCAUCCUCACUGAGCGCGAGCUCGAGAUCACCGAGACGACGGCGCCGCGCCUCGUCGAGGCGCUCGUCGCGCGCAAGUACACGUCGGUCGAGGUGACCACCGCGUUCGCCAAGCGCGCCAUCAUUGCCCAGCAGCUCACCAACUGCCUGACUGAGAUCUUUAUCGAGGAGGGCCUCGCGCAGGCCAAGGCCAUUGACGAGGAGUACGCCAAGACGGGCAAGCCCAAGGGCCCGCUCCACGGCCUCCCCAUCUCGCUCAAGGACUGCAUCAACGUGCCUGGGUACGACACGACGAUUGGUAUCGUCUCGUUCGCCAACAAGCCCAAGACCGAGGCCGAGGCAAGCGAGCUCGCGCGCAUCCUCCGCGAAGCUGGCGCCGUGUUCUACGUCAAGACCAAUGUGCCGACUGCCAUGCUCGCCAUCGAGACGGUUAACAACGUGUGGGGCCUCACCCCGAACCCGUACAACACCGACUAUGGCAGCGGCGGCAGCUCUGGCGGCGAGGGCGCGCUGCUCGCGCUCCGCGGUGCGCCCCUGGGUGUCGGCACCGACAUUGGCGGCUCGAUCCGCGUCCCGGCGGCUGUUAACGGCUUGUACGGCCUCAAGGCUGCCGGCGGUCGCUUCAUCUCGCUGGGCAUCACGGCCGGCCUCAAGGGACAGGAGAGUGUCAAGAGCACGGCUGGGCCAAUGGCACCCGACCUCGAGUCUCUGUCGCUCUAUUCCAAGGUCGUCAUUGACGCCAAGCCGUGGGAACUUGACCCGACGACCUUCCCCAUCCCGUGGCGUACGAUCGAGCUGCCAGAGAAGCUCGCGUUUGGCCUCAUCAUCGACAACGGCUUUGUGCGUCCCACGCCGUCGGUUGAGCGCGUGCUGCGCGAGACCAAGGCGGCGCUCGAGGCGGCGGGGCACAAGGUGAUCGAGUACAAGCCCUACGACGUGGAGCAGGCCAACACGCUCCUUCUACGCCUGCUCGGCGCGGACGGCGCCGAUGGCCUGUACAACCUUCUCCGGGCGGGCGAGUACCCCGAGCCGUGGCCCCCGGGAUUCGAGGUGCUCGAGGGCAUCUACAACCAGUACAAGGACAAGCCGCCCAAGGUGGGCGCGCUGUGGGCUGCCCAGGCCGACCGCAACGCCUACCUCCGUCUGUUGCUCAAGGAGUGGACCAACUCCAAGGAGGUGACUGGGACCGGCCGCCCAUGGGACGGAGUGAUUGCGCCGACGCUCCCCAACCCCGCGCACACGCACCACAAGGCCUUCUACUCGGGAUACACGAACCUGUGGAACGUCGCCGACUUUACCGGUGUCACCUUCCCCGCUGGCUUCUCAAAGAGCACCGAUACCAAGCCCGCCGACUUUACGCCGCGCAACGACACGGAGAAGAAGGCGUGGGAUGACUACAAUGCCGAGGGUCUCGACGGUAUCCCCAUUGGCUUGCAGCUGCUUACUACGCGCCACACGGAGGAGCUGGGCCUCAAGCUGACCGAGGUGGUUGUGGACGCGUUGGACAAGGCCAAGUAGUAGUAGUAGAAGUGAUAGGAAUUAGUCGGAUUGGAUUCUGG